UCGUGGCAGAGCGGCGGCGACUGAGGCGGCUGGCCGGGCUCUGCAGCCUGUCCCCGGGAAACCGGGCGAGCUGACAGAUGAACGUGAGGCGGUCCCUGCUCGGUCUCACCUUUUGCACCUGUUACCUGGCUUCUCACCUCACCAACAAGUAUGUCCUGUCUGUCCUGAAAUUUACCUACCCUACAUUAUUCCAAGGGUGGCAGACAUUCGUUGGUGGACUUUUGCUUCAUAUGUCAUGGAAACUGGGCUGGGUGGAGAUCCACAGCAGUCUAAGGUCUGAUGUUUUGACGUGGCUUCCUGCUUCAGUGCUGUUUGUGGGUAUAAUCUAUGCGGGAUCCAAAGCUUUGUCUAGACUGGCGGUUCCUGUGUUUUUCAUUUUGCAUAAUGUAGCUGAAGUUCUCACCUGCGUGUACCAGCAGUGUGUCUGGAAAGAGAAAACAUCGCUCUCAAAGAUCUGUAGUGCCCUCUUCCUCUUGGCUGCUGCAGGGUGCCUUCCCUUCCAGGACUCUCAGUUUGAUCCAGAUGGAUACUUUUGGGCUCUAAUUCACUUCUUUUGUGUAGGUUCUUACCAAAUACUUCGGAAGUCCCGGAAGCCCAGUGUGCUCAGUGACAUUGACCAGCAGUACUUAAACUAUAUAUUCAGUAUGGUACUCCUGGCAUUUGCAUCUCAUCCCACAGGUGACCUCUUCGGUGCCCUGGACUUUCCAUUCCUGUAUUUCUACAGAUUCCAUGGCAGCUGCUGUGCCAGUGGAGUUUUGGGAUUCUUUCUCAUGCUCAGUACAGUAAAGCUGAGAAGUGUUCUGGCCCCAGGGCAGUGUGCAGCCUGGAUCUUCUUUGCUAAGGUCAUCACAGCUGGCUUGUCGCUGCUGCUGUUUGAUAUGGCCCUGACCAGAGCAACUGUGGGAUGCUUCCUGCUUGGUGGACUUGGCGAGGCCCUGCUGGUUUUCUCAGAGCGGAGGGGUUCCUCAUGAAGAUGGGCAAGGAGAGGAAGCAUGCAGCUUGCUGCUGGAGAACACAGCACCUGGCCUCCCUCUUGAGAGCGAUAGAAAGAACACGUUACAGUGAGACCAAGCCGAGGUUUCCAGCUGGACAAAGCUGUGAGCUGCGCGUGCCCCAACCGAGCUGAACACAUUGACUGAUGGGUCAAACAGUCCAUUUUCUUAUUACUUAGGGGAAUUUCCCAGGGACCUCUGGACCACUGCAGAGAAAGAGUCCAUCUUAUAUGCUGAACCAUCCUUUCUGCGGCAUCAAGUUCUGUGGGAUCAGGAAGCAGAGGAUCUUAAUGCGAUGACCGUCAGCUGGAUGGAUCCUAACCGCCCCCCACCAGAUAUUGCUUUGGAAUUGAUGUCACAAUCCAUGGAAUCUUGUUGCAUUUUGGGGAGUUGUUUUGUGUCUUUACAUCUUAGAGUCUCUUAUACCCUUUGAUUUUUUGUUUACCCUGGAGCCCAUGCCUACCCACACAAAACAAGACAGAGCAUAUGUCGGGGCUAGCAAGGGAGCUGGACCAAGCUGGAUCUAAAGAUCUUUAGCCUGUGAAGUGAGUGGUGACCCUUGUGGUUAUGCUGAUGUGUUUCCAGUCUCUAAAUUUCUCUUGUUCUUUUGAGUUUGUCAGGAUGUGUUGACUCUGUAGACCAUUGAUCACUGGUAGGUUAAGCUGGUGACUAAUGGAUUACCUGAAGUCUUUUAAGUAUUAUGUAGUCAGGUGGGUCUUAAACAUCUCACCUUCUACCUCUGCCUCCUGAGUGCUGAGAUUGCAGGCAUUAACUAGCCUGUGCUUAGCUUUUGUCCCUUAAGUUCUUUAAUAUAUGUAAUUCCUUCAUAUCUCAGAAGAGAUCUCAAGUCAUUGGGCACUGGACUUUAUCCCUUAUACUAGAUUAAUAAUUAAAGUCUCAUAGCUUACACUAGAGAAUAAACCACUUUAUAUAAAAUACUCACUUGAUUCUCAAUUCACUAAGGGUUAAGACAGUGACACUAGAUACUUCUUCUCAUAGGUUUCAUAUAACUUGAUUGUUCUGGCAAGUCUCAGGUAGUUUUGGUUGUACUGAGGUUGUUUCUUCAGCCCUGAAGUGUAAGAGACCCAUGCCAGUGACAGACAGGGACCCUCUGGGCUUUGAGUCUGCUUCUUGUCACAGGCUCAGACCCAGGAUUAAUGAGGGCAGCUCAAUUGUUGGUCAUUGUUUUUUUUCCAAUUUGUUGGCAAACUGAAUGAAAUAGGAGGAUGGAUUUAUGUAUUUAGAAUAUGAGGACCUUUAGUCUCUGUCCUUUCCUGAUCUCUGCUUAUCAUUUAAAAUGGAAAUGUUCCAAGACUUUAUGUCUAUGUAUUUUUCAAUUUGCCGUCUUAGAAUAUUUUUUACAUUUAUUUAUUCUAUUAUCUUAUGUGUAUUGUAUACUGCAUGUGUGCUUGGUACCUGUGAAGGUCAGAAGAAGGCAUGAGAUUCACAAAAACUGGAGCUAUAGACAGUAGUGACUGCCACAUCACAGACAGUAGUGACUGCCACAUCACAGACAGUAGUGUCUGCCACAUCACAGACAGUAGUGUCUGCCACAUCACAGACAGUAGUGACUGCCACGUCACAGACAGUAGUGACUGCCACAUCACAGACAGUAGUGACUGCCACGUCACAGACAGUAGUGACUGCCACGUCACAGACAGUAGUGACUGCCACGUCACAGACAGUAGUGACUGCCACGUCACAGACAGUAGUGACUGCCACGUCACAGACAGUAGUGAGCUGCCACGUCACAGACAGUAGUGACUGCCACGUCACAGACAGUAGUGAGCUGCCACGUCACAGACAGUAGUGACUGCCACGUCACAGACAGUAGUGACUGCUGUGAAUUGAACUCGUGCUCUGCAAGAGUGUUCUUAACCUCUGAGCAGACUCUCCAGCCCUGCAAUUUGCUUUUUAAAAUUAUUUUUAUCUUAAAUUGUCUGUAUGUUUAUAAGUAUGUGCAUAAUGAAUGCAGGUGCCCCAAGGAGGCCAGAGGAGAAUAUUGGAUCCCCUAGAGUUGGAAUUACAGGAAGUUAUGAGCUGCCCAGCAUGGGUGCUGGGAGACAGACUCUGGUCCUCUACAAGAGCACUGCAUAUUUUAAUUGAGCUGUCUCUCCAGCCUAGAGCUCACAUUGGUUCUUCAUCUAGUAUAGCCAACUAAUAAGUAUAUAGUAAUGUCCGAUAGAUUAAAUAGAGAAUCGUCAUUGUGGUAUCUGUCCAGAUGUCAUCCUGUGCCUGUCCUAAAUGGCAGUUAAGCAAUGGAGAGUCCUCAGCUGGAAAGAACCAGGGCUACCGAUCUUAGCCCCACCCAUAGCAGAUGGACCUCAAACCCUUUCCUGAGACGUUUCAGACACUUGGUUAUAAAGAUGUCUAGCACCCAGUGCUUAGUUUUUAAACUACAUUCCAGAGGUUCAUUGCUCCUGAGACUCGGGUGUUUUUGUUCUGUGCUGACGUGACAUGGGACCAGUUGCUACUUCAGUGUACUGACCUGUGUCCUCAGCUUCCAUCUGUGUUCUGGGCUUCUUUCUUUAAGGUGUGGCUACCAUCUUUUAUCCCCUCUCCUCAUGUGCAGCUCUGUGCAUGAGGGACCCCCUAUCACUGCAGCACCCCUGAGCUCUGCUCCGAGGCUCCGGGCCCAGGGUUCCAAGGUAGCCACAGACCUCAUGCGUCAUGCCUGUUCAGCUCUGAGUUCCUACCAGUUCCAUUUUUUGUUUGUUUGUUUUUUGUCAGGGUCUCUGUCAUGUAGCCCUGGCUGUCCUACUAGGAGUGUAGGCCAGGCUAGCCAGGAACUAGCCUGCCUUUGCCUCCCAGUGCUGGACUUAAAGGGGCAUCCUACCAUGCCUGGCUCCAGCUCCAUUUCCAAACCAGGAUGAUGUGUUAUUGUUGUUUUCUUGCCUUCUUUCAAGGGAGGCGAAGUAUGAGUUAAGACUACACUAUCAUUAUAAAAAUCAACCGUUUCUUUUCUUGGUAA